AUGACUUCAAUUGGUACAGGGUACGAUUUAUCUAAUAGUGUGUUCUCUCCCGACGGGAGGAACUUCCAGGUUGAAUACGCCAACAAGGCGGUCGAGAAUGGGGCUACCUCAAUAGGUAUCAAGUUCAAUGACGGUGUGGUGUUCGCUGUGGAAAAGAUUAUCACUUCAAAACUUCUGGUGCCUAACAAGAACUUGAAGAUUCAGACAGUAGACAAGCACAUUGGUGUGGUAUACUCGGGAUUGAUCCCAGACGGUCGUCAUUUGGUGAACAGGGCCCGUGAGGAGUCUCAAAAUUUCAGGAAGAUGUAUGGGUCAGCUAUCCCAGUGGAUGCAUUCGCAGAACGUGUCGGACAGUACGUCCAGGCUCACACCCUGUUCAACAGUGUGAGACCCUUCGGUGUCACAGCCAUUUUCGGCGGUUGCGACAAGAACGGCCCCCACUUGUACAUGCUAGAACCAAGCGGUACUUACUGGGGAUAUAACGGUGCCGCCACUGGUAAAGGUAGGCAGACAGCCAAGGCCGAGCUGGAAAAACUUCUGGAUAAGACUCCGGAGAUGUCUGCAAAGGAGGCUGCCAAACACGCUGCACGUAUAAUCUACAUGGCCCACGAGGACAACAAGGAAAAAGAUUUUGAACUGGAGCUAAGUUGGUGUUCAGUAUCGGAAACUAACGGUGUACAUAAACUGGUACCAAAGGACAUACUGAACGAGGCAAUUGAGUACGCCAAGAACGAAGUAAACGGCGACGACGACGACAGUGAUAGCGACAGUGACAGUGACAACGACAACGACAACGAGAAGAAAGACAAGGACAGUGAUGACGAAGACGUGGAUACAAAGAAAGAUGCUGAUGGUGAUAUCCAACUAGAAUAA